AUGGAAGAAGUUAAAUAUUUGAGGGGAGGAAGAGGAGGAGGGGGAGGCACUUGUGGACGUAAAGCCGCAGGAGGUUAUGUGGGAACGUUCAUGGGAGAAGGAAGGGGAAGAGGAAGGGGAAGAGGAGGGCGUGUUUACAGAGGUAACAGAUUCAUUAGAGAGGGUAAAAUGAGGUUUGGGUCGAUGUAUAGGGAUCAGAGUAAGUUGGAUUUCACAAGAAAAUUGCAGAGCUCUGCUAAAACAACAAGACCUGAUGAACUGGAGGAGAUUAAUUUAGCAGUUGAUUGUAGUAAUAAGGAGAUAGUGGAUAGCAGUGGUCUAGCGACUAGUGAUUUUCGCAUUUUACCAGAUAAGAAAUAUGAUGAGAAGAUUGGAGUAAUCUCUAGUGGGGUUUCUAGCACUGAGGCUAGUGAGUAUUGUAAAAGCCAAGGCUCGAGUCAGAAUCCAAGUCCUAUAGGAUGCUGCCAAGAAAAGUAUAGUACUGUCUCAAAUCUUUACAAUGGUUCAAAACAUUCUCCUGGUUACAAACAUAAGAAGGAUCACUUGCAAAAUACUUAUAAAGGUAGGAAGGUAUUUGACAGUACAAAAACUGAAAAGCUUCCUGGAAUAAAAAGAAAAAGUUUUGAAAGACUUAAUCAAGCUAACCUUGAUUCAGAUGAAGUAACCCAUAUACAAGAAGUUACAAGUUUGAUUAUAAAUCAAGGUACUUCCGAACUACCAGCUUCUGAAGAAAAAAAUCCAGGCAAUGAAGAAGGUCAAGGAGGUUUAAAUCAAAUCCCCAAUAAGGACUUAAACUGUUCAGAGCACCCAAUAAAGGAUCAGGAUGAAAAUAACGGUUCCAAUAGUGCUUGUGAGCACUCCUUAAACAAGUUAAAUCCUCAAAUAAUUGGGCAUGUAAUUAGCUGGAUGAUUGAACGCCAAGAAGAAGCAAUACAAUGGCUUAAAGAAAAUGGUAAGUACCAAUUUGAAGGUGAUACUCAGAUUUCGGGUAAGAAACCCCAAAGGUUUUCUCAGAGUGGAGGAUAUAGGGGGAAAAAACAAGCUUGGAAUGGAGCUAAUCAUCAUGCCAAAAAGGAAAAUCACGAUUUCCCACCAAAAUACAAAAGCCAAAAAAAAAACUCCUCUUCGCAUUUUUCUAAAAUUUCAGUUAAUUCAUUAACCCAGGACAAGAGCGAUAAUUCAGCUCUCGAAAAUUUAGAAUUGCCACAGCAUCAAAAAAAUAGUGAGUUGACCGGUAACAAUAUUCCGGGCACAAACUUUGAUCAAAAGGCCGACUUUCGUUUAAAACAGAGGUUUGGAUACAAUCGAAGAUCCAAUAGAGAGAGGAAUGGUAAUUUCCUGUUUCAAAAUAAAACUAAGGAAGGAGAGUCUUACUGCUCCUCCGGAGUAAGGAGUGGUUCAAAAUGGGGGGAGAAGGGUGGUAACAGAGCUGGAAGUUUUAAUAGUUCUAAGUACAGAGAUCAUCACUACAGAAAACAAUCUCUUCAAAAAGAAUUGUAA